AGCCCGAAACGUGGCGUUGAUUCAGGUUAAGUGGUUUGUGUUUUUACUGAAUGAUGUCUUCAGUUCGAGUAGCGGUUCGAGUCCGACCUAUGAGCAAAAGGGAAAAACAGCUGUCUUCGAAGGCGAUAGUUCAUAUGAAGGGGAACACGACGUCUGUUCAUAAGCCUUCAUCUGUACGUGGAGACAAGCUAAGGGACAGAGGGAAAAUCUUCACGUUUGACUUUACCUUCGACUCAACUGAUAAAGAAAGCCCAACAUUUGCAUCCCAGGAGAAGAUCUUYCAAGACGUGGGAAUGGAUGUUUUGAAAGCUGCAUUUGAAGGUUUUAACUCUUGUGUGUUUGCAUACGGACAAACAGGCUCGGGGAAAACUUACACCAUGAUGGGUCCUAAAGCGGAUAAAGGUUUGAUCCCACGAAUCUGCGAGGGCUUGUUCUCGGAGAUAUCCAACAGAUGCAAGAGUGGGACCGUGGCUUUCCGUACGGAGGUCAGCUACCUGGAGAUCUACAAUGAGCGUGUGCAGGACCUUCUGAAGAGGAGAUCUCCGUGCACAGAUGGUGGAGGCCUGAAAGUGAGGGAGCACCCCACUGACGGACCCUGUGUGGAAAAUCUGUCGAAGCACAUGGUGCACGGCAUCAGAGACGUGGAGGGUCUGAUCAGUUUUGGGAACGCCAACCGCACCGUCUCGAGCACGGGCAUGAACGACUUCAGCAGCCGCUCGCACGCCAUCUUCACAAUCAUGCUCACUCAGGCAUGGUUUGAUGCGGAGUUGCCACGGGAGAGACUGAGUAAGAUCCACCUGGUAGACUUGGCAGGCAGCGAGCGAGCUGACGCCACACACACCACAGGCACCCGGCUGAAGGAAGGCGCCAACAUCAACAAAUCCCUGGUCACCUUGGGGAGUGUGAUCUCAGCUCUGGCUGACCUUAAUAUGGGCGAACAUUCAGCAAAACAGAAGCAGAUCUUUAUUCCGUACAAAGACUCUGUGCUGACAUGGCUGCUAAAAGACAGCCUCGGUGGAAACUCAAUCACUACAAUGAUCGCAACCAUUUCCCCCACCGACUCGAACUACAUGGAGACUCUGAACACUAUGCGCUACGCAACUCGUGCUAAAAGUAUCAUGAACACACCCAGAGUGAAAGAAGACGGCAGCGUGAGGAUGAUCGAAGAGCUGCAGGCUGAGGUUACCCGGCUCAGGGUGCUGCUCGCAGAAGCUGCUCAGGAGGAGACGGUGGCUCUGAGAAAGGAGGGGAGUAGAGUCUUCUUGGACUGCCAGUUACCUCAUCUGAUAGGCAUUGAUGAAGACCUGCUCGGGGCUGGAAUCAACCUCUAUUAUUUGAAAGAGGGCAGAACAUUGAUUGGGAGUGAUGAUGCAUUGUGCAGUCAAGAUAUCGUGCUUCAUGGACCUGGACUCCUCCAUGAACACUGUGUGCUGGAGAACUGCGCUGGGACUGUGACUCUGUUCCCCCAGGAUGGAGCACUGUGUUCAGUGAAUGGCUCCGUGGUCACAGAACCCUGCCAGCUGACUCAGGGUGCUGUUAUACAGCUUGGAGGAGGGACCAGGCUUCGGUUUAACCACCCAACUGAAGGUUUCCAGYUGAGAGAGAACCAGCAGAGAGAGAUGAUGCCUGCCUUCUGUCCAUCUUUGACUGACUUGUCCAUAUCUACUGAGAAUCCGUCCUUGGCGAUGCAGCAGAAUUCAGGUCGUCAUAUCCAGAUGGAUGCACUGGUUGAGGAGAGCGAGACGAAAAACCCUAAAGUUUGUCUUAAAUCUGCAACAGAGAAGCUCGUGGCCACAGCCAUUCCUGAAAGAGAUCCUGUCCCUCACACCGGUUUGGAGUCGGAUGGAGAUGCAUUACAAGGUGGAGUAAGCAUCAGGGAUGGCCAGGAGCAGGAGGGGGACUUGUGUCAUAAAUCAGGGCCAGAGCUCAUGUCUGAGAGGCCACAGAGGAGAGCUCAGAGUGGAGCCGGUGUUGCAAGUUAUAAUGGAGAAGAGGUUGGGUCAGGGGAUGCCAGCCUCCAGCAGACAAGUGUCCUGGGCCCAGGUGAUGGAUGUGGCAUGAAGCCAGAAGGGAAUGCUAAUGAGAUCCAAGGUGUCAUGACUGACUACUAUAAGGGGAGACCUGACUCUGGUGGGAGCUCAUUAGAAAGCUUGUCCCACCUGCAGAGAAACGGAGCAAGUAGCUCCACGACGGUCCUCCCAGAGACCGGCGCUCAUUCCCAGCUCAGCACUGAGACGGCCCGCUGUCCGACCAAAGACACAGCUUCUGAGGAUCAGUACAGUUGUGAAGAGGCGACUGAAUCUGGAGGUUUGGAGGAUAUUGCACAAGUUUAUUUGACACAGAAAGGAGCACCUGCAGUUCAAAAGUCAAGGCUGGGCUCUUUGCUCAGCAGAGUUUCUUGGCUUGUGCAGGAUGCACAUCAUCUCCUUACGAGUUCUUCGAAACUCUACCAAACCGCAAACGUGAGACUGCAGUCAAUGGGUGCCCGCUGGUCCAAACACGUCAUCUCUCUGGUCAAAGACAGUAACGUUGUGUCUGCAGUGAAAGGCAGCCGGGCCUUCUCUAUGUUUGGAAGGUGCGUCGUCUCGUCUCUUCUCGGGGAUUUUCACAAUCUCUCUGCUGUGAAAGAACUGCCCCUCCCGCAGCACGUCCAGACGAAUAUAACUCAAAAUCUUCAGCUCAAAGAGACGGCUCGGAUGAUUCAAGGCUGCAUUAAUCCCGAUAACACGCCACUCCCAGCCCUGACAUCGGCACAAGCUAUGGAGGAAGAAUUGCGAGAUGACAAGCAGCAAAUCUCUGAGAAAGAUUUGCCGUCGACACACGAGAGCGACUGGGCGACUGAUGUUCAUGUAGAACAAGGAGAUGAAAAUAUUACACAGCCUUUGCUGCUGAUGCGUAUCACUAAGUCAGAAGUUAUGCAGACACGUAAAAAUAAAGAUCAGGCUUUGGAAAACUCAACUGUCCACAUUGCUAUUCAAACAUUGAUAGAAUAUCCUGAUCCUCUCUUGACCCUUCAAAAUAAACCCCUGCAAGACCUGAUGAACACAUUACAAUCCAUCGUCUCCACUUCAGUGUUUUCCUCCCAGCAGGGAGCAUCUCUUUAUUGGCUGAAUGUAGCUAAAUGCAGCAAACCUGAACCUCAGCCUGGCCUCCUGAUCUUGUCAGAUUCUGACCUCUAUACGUUGACGGCUGACUCUGGUCAGCUGCUACUGUUCCAUCACCUCCCUUUGCUGCAGCUAAAGGAGAUACAGAUUGGUUUAGCAGGCCAAAGUUUGCGUUUAAUGGGAUCAACUGAGGAGAGCGUGCUGGGAGUUUAUACCCACUGCCAGCAGAUUACCAAAGAGCUGUGUUGGGCCAUGCUUGAUGUUGUUUGUCCUGGGGACUGCAGGGUGUCUCGGAACGCUCUGCUGCAUGAAGAUCUGAUGAAAUUGCUGCUAGACUGUCAGCUCGGUGUGCCCGACCUGCUGCUGGAUGCCGGGUUAAGCCUUUGCUGUAGAUUUCAGAGGAGUUUUGCUGAUUUGGUUUAUCUUAUUUAUUGUAAUAUGAAUCAGGCGUCGGUCGCUCUGGGCGAGGUGCAGCUACUGCUGUACGCCAGUGUCGCCGUGCAGAUCAGCACCAGCACUCGCGGCAAACAUAUGGCCCAGUUUUUCCUCACAGAUAGCCAUCUGGGUCUGGUGCAGGAGGACAUCGUCUUUCACCCAGCUCUGCACUUUGUCAAGGCAGCAGCCCGCCUUCCCCACUUCCAUGAUUUAACUGUUCGCCGGUGCUCGGAUGUGCGCUGCAUACUGGUGCACGACGACUGCGGCGGCGGAUCGGUCGGGCUGGAUGUAAUCCUCUCAAACGUGAGGGCCGGGGGUCACCCUGAAAGCGUGGUGACGGCAGCCACCCUGUCUGAACACGCUUUAAAUUCAUCUCUGCAUGCAGAAGUGUGGAAAUUAACUUUCAGUUGCUCUGCUGAGGCCACCUGCCUGAUUAAUCACUUGUCAAACGUCUGAUCAAGGACUGAAUGGUUUGUAAUGAACCGCCCAGCUUGAAAACUCUCUCCCUCACUGGGAGCAAUGGCAAAAGUGCAUCCCAACAAGACAGUUGAAAGAAUAAAUUCACAACCAAAUGACAGGGAAAACUAUGACCCACUUUAAAGUUUCUCUAUUCUUUUAAGCCUUUGUCAUAUUAUUGUUGCUCGGCUUUUUGCACUUAGAAUUUUAUCUUUAAAACACCUGGGUUUCUUUGCUCCUGUUUUCUUUACUUACCUCCUUAUUAAAACUUUGCUUUGUUUAAUGUUUUUAAUAAUUAGUGAUUGAGUUUUUUUGCAAUGAAGAUUAAAAACAUGUCUGUGCUAAUUUUGUUGUUUAGAAAUUGGAAGGAUUUAUGACUAUUAUAAAAUGAUCUCCUUUAAAAUGUCUGUAUUGCUGCCAAUUUUGAAGUUUUAUGCAUUGUUCUUUAAAAAGUAACUAAUGUUGUUUGUAUUAAUAAAAUCUAAAUAAUAA